GAAAAGCCAGCCUUUCAACCCUUCACGUUUUUCCUUUUGGUUUGGAAAAUCAUUUCUUCCCGAGUCUGUCCUACAUAAUUAAAUUUGCAAUGUGUGUGAUGAUGAAAAUGAAAUUAGAGUGAGAGGACCCACGGCUGCAAAUCGCACCACCUACUGCCAUUCUGAAGAAGAUUGACUCCACGCAUUGUGAUUGAUAGUGUGGCGCCUCUCUUCACAGAUUUUUCAUUUUAGACGCGUUUUCAGCUGUUCCUGCGCGGCAUAUAAACCCCUUCCCCCCAUUUCUCCUCUCUCUCUCUCUCUGUCUCUGUGUUCGCCAUGGAAAACGUUUGAAGCUCGGUGGAGAAAAAAAGGGUAGACAUGGGUUCUUGCGCUUCUGUUCAUAAAGUUAAGGAAUCAACCGUGGAACCCAAAUUGCCGGUGGGAUCAGAUACGGGCUAUGUGUCCCUUCAAUCUUCUGAAUCACCCACCAAGGAAAUCGGUGUCAAUGCUGAAGCGCACCCUGUUGUUGAAACAACUGUGAUCAAACCCCAAAAGGAGGCUAUUCCAAAUUUCCCACACCAAAAUAGUAAAGAGGAAAUGUUUUUUGAUUCUCAGUUCUGUUUAGAAUCUGAUUGUGAGGAUUUCUUCAGCGUCAAUGGUGAUGUUAGUCCAUCUCGUGGCACUAGUCCAGUGCGUCAAAGCAGUUCUUCAGAAACUUCCAGACUUGUUAAAUCUCUUUAUGUGGACAUAGUACCCAAUUCCGACUCUGAGCAAUCUCUAAUGGAGAAGAAGAAAAAACUAGUUGAGCUCUUUCGUGACAGUUUUAAUCGUAACCCAGUUCACAGUGACAAAAAAUCACAAAACAAGGGCAAAAUAAUUGCCAGUGGAAGGCCAGAACCCAUGGAAACCAUUUUUGACCUUCACCCAAUGUCUAUAGAUGAAAGCCCUCGUACGUCUGCAGCGACCUCCAUUUGCAGCACUGAAAGAACUCUAAUUCAAGGUAUUAAGCCCAAGAAAGAGAGAGUGUCCCAGUCUUCAUAUUCCUGCUUCUCAAAUGCAGUUCGUGGCCUGAAGCCUCGUGAGAGAAAGAAAAGGCUGAGCUUAGCCGAAAGCGGUGAAGGGUAGUAAGCUGAUAUUGCCAUCUAUCAUCCUCUCUGAAGUUCUACAUAUGAAGAGAGUUAUUCAUGAUGCAGCUGCCCUCUAGCCUAUAGAAUAUUGUCAAAGGCCUCUGAAAUGCAGAAGGAUGCAUGGAAUACUUCUAGCAAAGUUUGUAAAGAGAGUUCUGUUUGCAUUUUUCUUGCUGCCAGUCCAAUUGAAGACAUUGUUUCUUCUUCUUCUUCUUCUUCUUCUUCUGCUUUCUUUUCUUUCUCAUUCUUGAUAUAAAUGUAUGCAUAGAAAGAUACCAAAUGAAAAGAUGGUUAAUCAUGUUUUCAAAAUUGAGUACAAGCAAUGGUAUAAACUACCAGCCAUUGCCUUUACUGACUUUUGAAUUGCAUAUUGUUCAAAAUUUGAUAAAAUUCAAUAUAACUUUGUAUUGAGUGUUGUUUAAA